AUGACUAUGGAUAAGGAAAUUAAAGAAGUAGAAGAGGAGAGUUCGAUUGAUUCUUCGAGUAGCAGUGAUAGUAAUGAUGAUGAACAUUCGUACGAGAAUGGCAGUACGGAGGAAAUGGAAGAAAGUGAUUUAUCUUCUGACGAGUCAUCAGAAAGUCCACGUAGUCGUCUGAUUAAAUCUGUAACGAGUGUAAAAGAGAAUAUUGUACGUGUAACAAAGCCACUGGAAAAAUGGCAUCAAUACAUACUCAAUAGUGUGCUUUACAAUAAGGAGUUUGUAUAUGUCGAUAAAGUUUUUUGUUGGAUUCAGCAGAAAUCAAGAUUGAAGAGAGAACAGGUUAGGCGUAGAACAAAUCAUUCUUAUAUUUAA